UGAAUAAUGUGAAUUACCUCUUUUUUUUUACUAAUCAAAAUGACCAAACAACCUGUUUCAACAGUGAAAUAACUACAGGAAGCAAUUUUAUUUUACAUCCGGAAAUUAUUUGGCAUCAUUUUUUUGUACCAACCAAUAGAAAUGAAAUUGUUUGUAUUUAGAAGAAGUACGUUGAAUCCAUAACCUCUAGAUCCACCUUUCUCUCUCCAUCCAGGAUGGUUAAGAAGUAUAAAUACAUGUGAUAACCAGUCGACUCUGAACACUAAUCCAACAUACAGGCAGACAGGUGACUUCUCUGUUAACUUCAACAGACUGUGUGACAAUGGGUCAAAAACCUGGAGGAUGGAGUGAGACAAAGGAUGCCACUGAGGACAUUCAGGAGAUUUGUGAUCAGGUGAAGAACCGAGUGGAGGAAAGAACAGACAAGAUGUAUCAGGAAUUCAAAGCAGUUCUAUACAGGGAACAGCUUGUGGCUGGAGAGAACUUUCUCAUCAAGGUUAAGGUUGGAAAAGAGGACUACCUCCACCUGAGUGUCUUUAGAGCACUUCCGUGUGAUGGAGGGAGGAUUGUGCUUAAGGGUGUGCAGCAGCACAAACGCUGGGAAGACCCCCUCAUACCUUUUGACUGUGUGACAAUGGGUCAAAAACCUGGAGGAUGGAGUGAGACAAAGGAUGCCACUGAGGACAUUCAGGAGAUUUGUGAUCAGGUUAAGGUUGGAAAAGAGGACUACCUCCACCUGAGAGUCUUUGUACCAGCUUUGCGUGAUGUAAAGAUUGAGCUUGUGGGUGUGCAGGAGCACAAAAGCGCGCAUGACCCCCUCGUACCUUUUUGA